CUAUAAACGCAACUGCACUCACCGGGGACACUGUUCGCAGCGCUCAUCACGCUUCAGAGUUUUUAAGAGACAAUCCAUUGCAAGGUUCAGUAAAAAAAUGGCCGAUCAGCAGCUUUUCAGGGCUCGCCGCAUGCUUGUGGACAGGAUCUCAACCCCUGUUAUGGCGAAUCUCUUGGAUCACCUUUUGGAUGAUAGAAUCUUAAAUGAAAGAGAGAGAGACUGUGUAUUUGAGGAGCACCUGGCCAGAGCAGACAGAGCAUCAUGCCUCAUAGACAUGGUGAGGAGGAAAGGGGCCAGGGCCAGUCAAGAGCUGAUCACUAACCUGAAGAACUUCGACCCUUUUCUCUGCAAUGACCUGUUUCCACCUGUUGGACAAGCUGAAGAGGCAGCUGAAGAGCAGGAUCCACCGAUAUCCCCUGUCCUCAUCCUCUGUGAUGAAAACUUCAAGACACACAUCCAAAGAACUGAUAAACUUGCUUACCCUGUGAUGCCCAAGUCCAAUAGGACGCGUGUGGCCCUGCUAAUCAAUGUUCGGAAUUUUGUCAACAAGAAGUGGAUAAGGGAAGGAUCUGAGAAAGACGACGCUGCAAUGGCGGCUCUGCUCACUGCUCUGGGAUACAGAGUGGUGAGACCUGAAACUGGUGAACCCAUGAAAUACACUGGAGAGGACAUUGACAAGGCUGUGAAGGACUUCGCUCAGCUUCCUGACCUGUCCCAGACAGACAGUGUCUUUGUGGUCAUCAUGUCUCAUGGGAUAAUGGGGGCCGUCUAUGGCAGCCGUGGGAAGGCAGUGAAUCCCAAUGAAAAAGACGACUUGUUCCCCAUUGACAAUAUCUUUGAGUACUUGAAUGCAAAGAACUGUCCUGCACUUCGGGACAAACCAAAGGUCAUCAUCAUCCAGGCCUGCAGAGGAGGAAAUGACGGAUCUACGGCUGCUAAUAAAAGAGAUGGUGCUCCUGCACCCACACCAGGCUCACACAGGCCUGCUGAUACAGAUGCCUUGGAGGAAGAUGACAUCAAAGUACACAUAGAGAAAGACUUCAUCACUUUUCUUUCCUACACCCCUGGAAAUGUUUCCUGGAGGGAUCCAGACUUUGGGUCUCCUUUCAUCCAGUACCUUGUUGAGGUAUUCAACACCUUUUCCCACAAGGAUCACCUUGAGAAACUGUUCACCCAGGUCAUGAACCGCUUUAAGCAAGGUCCCACUCCAACCAAAAGACAGAUGCCAGUCAAAGACAGAUGCAGUUUAUCAACGCACUUCUACCUCUUCCCAGGCCUUUGAGACACCAUGCACUAAGUAAUAUGGAUUUCCUUUCCACAGUCCGCUCUAUGGCCCUCUAACUCACUAACUCCAGCAAACAUUGCUAAAAUGUGCUCCUUUUUGUCUUUCCAUGAUAUUGAAUGAAUAACGCUCCGUUUGCCUCAGCCAAGCUGCUCUAGACUGUUCAUAGCAAUUCCAAAAUGUAAAAGCUGUGAGGUUAUUUACUAAGCCUUCUCACCUUUCUUUAGUCAUAUCUGAAAUCCAGAGGAGACUGUGCCUUUUUCAUUUUAUUGUUAAUUUUUAUAUUGUCAUAUCUGCCCAGGGACUACAGGUGGAAAUUAGCAACUGUUGCUAUAGCCUGGCCCAAGACAUCUUCUCAUGUCCUACAAGAUUAAUGUUUAUUUGUGCAUUGUCCCUGUUUCAAAUAAAUAAAUUCCUAUCCUAUCCU